GAUUCAUGCGGCACACUUUUCGCCGCAAUUACUGCCAAGUUUCGAAAGCGCUGUUCUGUGUCCACUGAACCUGCAGCGGUUCAAUUACCGUCACAAUACAACCCAUGCUUUGUUAACUGUCCGAUUAGCCCCAACUUAGCUCCAGUGUCACGCGCACAACAGAAUUGCCAGCAGUCGGGCGCUCGAAAUGCAAGAAGAUUGACGGGGUUACACAGAAGCAUCGUUCGAACUGUUCUUGUGACUGCGCAGCCACAUAUAGGCGCUCCGGCAAGUCACCCCGUGGGCGAGCGACCACGGCGCCGACAAUCGAUGGAGUUUGAGUCAUCAACCCUGUCAAGCCAGCAAAAUAUGGAAGAAAUUCUCACCAGCUUGUUUGAAGGCGAGGGUGGGAACAAGGCGACCGGCAUUCGAAUUGACAAUUGCCCUUCUCCCUGCUGGGCGCCACUGCCUAUCGAGCGCACGUCGUCGGCACCAUCGGUACUAAUACCUCGGCAAAUGGGCGCCGGUCCCCAAGUACAACCUGGCUGGGGUUUCGGGUUGAGUCAUAGCCCCACACGCUUCCACCCCAGCCCUUUCUUCCAGCACCCGCAACAGUCGGGCACGGCCAUCGGCGCGGAUGGCGCCGAGCACCUGCACAGUCCUCAUCAGCCCCAGAUCGCUGACGAGCUAGGAAUGGUUUCCGGUCCCACGGGGGCCUUGCCGCCGCACAUGCUCGCGGCGGCCAGGCAGCAGGCGCGCGCGCAGUCGGGCGGCCCUGUCCGCCAGCACCCGUUCCUGAUGCAGCUACCUCACCUCCUUCACACCCCGCGGCACCUGCCGUACCACCCUGCGGCCGCCUACCCGCAGCCAUACCCCAUGCUGCACAGCCCUCAGCAGCACCGGCAGCAGUACCUGCACCGCGCGCCGCCGCCGCCGCUGCCCGCCGGCUGGGCCCAGCUGCCGCCGCAGACGGCGGCACUGCGGUGGCCGCAGCAGCCGCACCAGCAGAUGCACAUUCAGCAACAGCAGCACGUGUUGCUGGGUGGCGGUGCUGGCGGCGCAUCCGAUGACGGCAGCUGGCAGCAGCUGCAGCGCAUGUUAAGUGUGGCCAACAAAACACAUGUCAGCGACAACGACACGAACGGCAACAGCAACAUGGAGGGAGCCUCCGGUACCAACAUCUGCUGGGUCGCGGCGGCGGGCAGUGGUGGCGGCGACAUGGGCGGCGGCGCUAGCGCCGUCGAUUGUGAAGGCGGCGGCCGCGCGUCCCGGGGCUCGAUGUGCAGCGGCGGCGACGCGGCUGCCGGUAGCGGCAGCAGCGGUGAUUGCAACAUGAACGUUGCGGGCACAGCCGCGGCGGCAGUGGCCGCUGCUGCCAAUGCCCCGGGGGCGCGUGGCGCCGCUUGCGUCGCCGCCGGCAACAGCACCAGCGGCGAAAUGGCUGACUCUGAAGUGGAUCUGGGGUCCGGUGUGAUGCCACUGCUGCUGUCUCGCUCGCCUGGAAGCCCCAACGCGCCCGCCGCUGCGGCCCAGGGGUGCCGCACCCCUGCUGCGGCCGUGCCCGCGCCCGCUGCCGCAAUGUGCAUGCAGCAGGUGCAGGUGCAGGUGCAGGUGCAGGUGGAGUCGGCCCAGCAGCAGGGCUACCUCGCUGCCGGUGCGCCUAGCGUAACGGCCCUGGCCGCUGCCGCCGCGGCCCGCACGUACCAUCAGCGCCUGCAGCAGGCGCGGCUGGCGCCGCAGCCUCCGCAUGGGCAGCUGGUGCCGCAGCAGCCACUUGCUGCGGCUACUGCCGAAGGCGCUAAUGCCGUCAGCAGCGGCACCGGUGGCCGGGGCGGCUUCCUUGCAGCUACGGCGGCGGCCGCGAUGGGCCGGUUCCCUGCUACGGACGUAGCGUGGACUGAUGACAUGGCGGUCGCCGCAGCCUCCUUCUUCCCCGAGGCUACCAGGCCGCUCCCGGCGGCGGCUGGCGACGUCAAUGCGCUCCUCCUGUCGGACGGCGAAAUGGACACGGCAGUGGCGGCGGCUGUGGGCGACGGCGCGGGCGGCGCUGCGGCCGCGGAGCAGCAGGUGCCGCUGAUGAUGAUGACGGUGAAGGUGGGCGGCAGCAGCGCUGGCGGCGUGGGCAGCGGCUGCACGGGCGGCGGGCCCCUGCAGCAGCAGGCGGCGAUGGAGCUGGCCGAGCCCGAUGCGGUGUCUGCGGCUGCGGCCGCUGCUGAGGUCGUGAACGGAGUCACUGGCCGGCCGCAGCCGCAAGGGCCGCAGCAGCCAAGCUCUGGUGGCGGCAGCGGCGGUGGCGGCGGCCGCAGCAGCUCGCACUCGCGCCGUGUGCAGCCCCCGGCCUCAUCCGCAGAUGACGAAGACUACAAACUGGAUUGCUCUGCUGAGUCCUCUGAUGAGAAUGACGAGGAGGAGGAUGACCAUGAUGACUCAGACGGAAGCGAGUCGGGAGACCGGUCCGCGGCGGCGGGCCUAGGCGGCAAGGGCAAGGCUGCUGGUGCCGCGCCGGGCGCCGGUACGGGCCGCAGCAACGCAGCUGGCGGUGGCAAGAACAUGCGUGCGGGCGGCGGCGGCGCGCGCGGCGGCUCCGGAGGCGCCCGCAUGCCGCACUGGGCCAUGCCCGAGACCGAGGAGGAGCGCAAGGCCGCCCUGCGCAUACGCAACCGCCUGUCCAAGCAGCGGUCACGCGUCCGCCAGAAGGAACUGAUCACCACGCUGCAGGGCCGGGUGGAGGACCAGGAGAACGUCAUCCGCCGCCUGCGUGCCAGGCUGGUCCGUCUGGGCACAUCGCCCGCAGACCUCAACGCCCUCAUCACAGACACAAAAUCCGCGGUCGCGGCCGGCGGUGCGAGCGGCGGCGCCGCCGCUGCCGCCAGCGGCGGCCCCGGUGCCGCCGGCUCGCCGCGGUCUAAGCGUCAGUAACGAACUUCGCGCGUGCGGUAGUUGAAAGGGUCAAUGGAUCGUGCGCGCGCGCGCUGCGCCGCGGCCGCGUGCGGUGGAUGCGCCUUGAUAUUGGAACUGUAUCGCAAUCAUUAAAAGCAGCUUGAUGGGCCAUGGUGCCAUAUGCGCGCGCUGAUGGCUGCAGUAGCUUGACCACGUACCGUUAUCAUGCAUGCCGCGUGCGCGCGUUGAAAGCCGCGCCACAACUAGGAUGCUCCAACCGCAUACUGCUUAGGCCUGCUGAAUAAUCAAGGUGAAGCUCUUUCGCAGGAUUUACCGUAUGAGAGCGUGCUUUUCGAUGGCUUUUGCGUUUCUAUGGCAAGGUCUGCGUCUGGCUCUACCUGGCAGGCAGGGCCUGAGAGCAUUUAUACACAUGCGUGCAAACAUACGGAACAAAGCGCCGCAGUAGUAUGCAUGUACAGCGGCGGCGGUAAUCAAGAUAGCCCCCUCACUAUCAUAGUAAACAGAGAGAUGGCCUGAAGGAUAGAUCGGUUGAAAUGUAGAUGUGGCAUGGCAGAUUGCAAUUCCAUACAUCUAGAAGCAUGGGCGUCGGGAGGGCGUGGCCCGGGGGCAGCAGGAACAGGGCGCUUCGGGAGAUUGAGUGUGAUUGAGUCGGGCGGGGCGUGCGGCCGCAUGCAUGUUAGCUUGGUGUCCGCCAGUCUGCGUGCUUACUUGCGCGCGGUACGUGCCAACCUGCCGCUGGUUUCCGCGCAGGACAAUGCUGAGGAUUGUGUCGGGCAGGCGGUUUUAUUCUCGUGAGCCGCACACGGCGGCGGGCUGAGCUGAAGACGGGUCUGUAUGUUUGUGUAGGAGGUGGGUGUGGUGCGGUGGGUGGGCAAUGAUGAGUAGUGCGCGAUACCACUGGUUGCAUGUAUGCGGCCGCAGCAGCGGCCAAGCACGCCGACCAAGCCUCGUGUACUUUGCUUGGUGCCACACAUGCGGGAAAUGAUUACUGGAGAUGGAGCAACUGCACAAACAUGACAUUCAUGCAUGAGUACUGCGUCUUGUUAACCGGAUACGCGCCAGAUGGCGUGUUUGCUACCCGCGAUAGCCGACAAUAAUGUCGGGGGCAAGCGCAGAAAGAAGGGGUGCGUGUCUGUUAGUUGCUGCUGGUCAUUACGUGAUCAAACUGCCUACUGAGGCCCAGACACAGGAUAUGAGAAGAGUGUUCAAGGCAAGCUCGAAUGAUAGACA